GAUGAAGCUAAAGAUGAUGACUUUCGAUCUCCGCUCUACAAGAAUAUAGAGAUUCGAAGUGUGCCAACACGAAUGAAGUGGUGUACCACUUGCCAGUUUUAUCGUCCUCCCCGCAGUUCACAUUGCAGUUCAUGUGAUAACUGUAUUGAUGUAAGUGAAUUUAAUUACUGGAUCUGUCAGUUGUCCUUAUUUGAUGAAUAGACUGCAAUGAGUAGUUAUUAAUGCCUGUGUCCAGUGAUAAUAAAGUAAGACAAGAUAGCAGCCCUAAUUGCUUACAUUUACUUUCAGAUAAAGAUGAAAAAACUAUUGUUUUUAAAAAAAUCCAUUUUAAUUUUGCCUUAUUAGCUAUAGAACACUUAAUCAUACUGUCAAAAUUUUACUUUUGUUAUUUUCAGACUUUUGAUCAUCAUUGUCCAUGGCUAAACAACUGCAUAGGCCGCAGAAACUAUCGCUAUUUUUUUACAUUUUUACUGACUCUGUGUGUUCAUAUUACAACAAUUUUUGCGCAAGGUGUAUUUUAUGCAUUGCGGCAUGCAAAUAACCUUUUGGAGCCUGGUCCUAUUAUAUCGUAUCCUUUCCACUAUCCAUAGAUUGUACAUGUCAAACAAUUGUGCAGGAUCAAGAGCUAAAGACCUUUAACCUUAUUUUUGUGUUUUAUUUGAAAAGCAAUUAUGUAUUAUUUCUCAUGUUGUGUAAUAUAUUUUUGAAUUCUUGGUUAUAAUAAUUUCAAGCAUAUUCUAAAUUGCUCUAGGAAAUGGGGUAGCAAAUGGGGCAUACUUUUUGCAUUCAGACUGACCUCCCCCGAUAAAAAUAAUGGUUGUAUAUAUAAUUUUUUAUGUGAAAAAAAAAUUAGAAGUCUUAAGUAUCUUAAUUAAAUUUGUUUCGACAUCAUUUUUGGCGGCACAAUGUAAGGGCUACCUCCUUCUUAAAAAUCUCAACCAAGUAGGCUGUUUUUUACGAAAUACAAAGCAAACAAGACUAGAUAGCUCAGCAUGAUUGCUAAUAUCUAACCAGUGUUUCUUCUCUCUCUCUCUCUCUCUGAAUUUUGUUCUAUUGAUAGUCUGUUGAUAGUCUGUUUUUUUUUGUUUUUUUUAAAUUUUGAAUGAAAUAAAAUCUAUGUGGAAAAAAUGAAAUAAUUAUAAAAAAGAAAGGAUCAUGCAGACAAAUGCACAAUUCUCAUUCAUUUGGAUUGGCCCAUCUUAGUUCAGGUUAACUUAACAAGGGUUAAUACAAUUUGCUAAAAAACUUCAGGGAAAGUGAAUCAGUUGGAAGAGAGUUGUAUAACAAAAAGUCAUAUAUACAUAUUUAUAUAUUUUUUACAAAUUUAAAUUAAUUUAUAUAUUUAUAUAAAUAAAAAAAGAGAAUUCUAAAUUUUGAAAAGAUGCACAUUGUAGAAAAGUAAUUUAAGUGGUACAAAGUGGUUAGCUGUGAGAACCCCCUGGGCAAUUUGUACUGUUUACAAAUUAUUUCCUUAACUCAUUUCUAGAAUAGUUAUUAUGAUCAUCAUAGGUUUAGUUUUAAUUCCAGUUUUUGGUCUAACUGGAUUCCAUAUAUUUUUAGUCUCCAAAGGAACAACAACAAAUGAGCAGGUGAGCAAAUUAUUAUUGACAAAAUUAUAAAAUUUGACAAUCUCAUUUUGCAUGUACGGUAAAUUUAUUUUAUCCCCGAGUGCAAGUUUUUGUUUUUAUUUCAGGUUACUGGGAAAUUUAAAGGUGGCACGAAUCCAUUUACAAGAGGUUGUAUAAAAAACUGCUGCUAUGUAUUUUAUGGACCUAGAUGGCCAAAGUAA